AUGUGCAGGGGUCAGAAUAGCGUGUCGCACAACUACCUUUCCCCGUCCCAGUGGGAGAAGCCCCUGGACUACUACUGCACCCAGACGGGCGACGCAUAUGAUGUCAUCAUGCUGUCAUUCCUCCACAUCUUCAAGGACGCCGCUGCUGGCACUGGGCCUGGGGGCGAGCCGCUGCCAAACCUCAACCUGGCAAACCACUGCGACACCACAUUUGCGUCACUGGGUGACACUCAAUUCCCCAGCAGCGGCCUUCUCAAGUGCCCCGCUGUGGGCACGGCCAUCAAGGCUUGCCAGGCUCGCGGCAAGAAAGUCAUCCUCUCCCUCGGCGGCGCCGCCGGCUCCUACGGCUUCGCAAGCGAUGCCGAGGCCACGCGCUUCGCGGGCAUACUGUGGCAGAUGUUCCUGGGCGGCUCUGCCCCCGGCUGGCCGCGGCCGUUUGGCGACGCCGUGCUCGACGGCGUGGACUUGGACAUAGAGGGCGGGGCCGCCACCGGCUACGCCGCCUUUGUGCGCGAGCUCAAGGGCAGCUACUACUCGAGCGCUGCGGCCAACCCGUCGGGGCGCGCGUUCCUCGUCACCGCCGCGCCGCAGUGCCCUUUCCCGGACUACCACCUCCAGGAUGCUCUGAGCAAGUCGUGGUUUGACUACGUGUGGGUGCAGUUUUACAACAACUACUGUGCGGCUGCGGGCAGCAGCUUCAACUUUGACACGUGGGCCAACUGGGCUGCCACCACUAGCAUCAACAAGAACGUCAAGGUGCUGCUCGGCCUGCCCGCUGCUUCUUACGUGGCGCCCGCCGGCGGCUACAUCGACGCCGCCCAGGCGCGAACGCGCAUCGACCAGCUGGCCACCACCUACCCCUCCACUUUUGGCGGCGUCAUGCUCUGGGACGCGGGCGUCGCCGAUACCGAGAAGGCGGACAGCACCCUCACUUAUGGUGCCGCCAUCAAGGCCUACCUCAACACAAACCCGAGCCCCCCGCCCUCCGGCGGCUGCAACGGCUGCUCCGACGCCGCCUGCUACUGCAAGACCGUGCCCACGGGCGACUACGCCAACCCCUUUGACGCCUCCUGCGCCACCUUUGUCAAGUGCUUCAACAGCGCAGCCAGCAUCACCGCCUGCCCUCAUGGGCUGAUCUUUGACCCUGUGUUCAAGUACUGCAACUGGCCCAGCGCAACCACUUGCAAGCCAGGAUGCCUCACGCCAGCAGGCAGCCCGUCGCCCGCUCCCUCAGCGUCGCCCUCUCCUGUGUCCUCGCCCUCACCGGCGCCGACCACCAGCCCCAGCCCCACCCCAAGCCCCACGGGUGUGGGGCUGCCAGGCGGGCCCCUCAUUGUUGGCUACUACCAGACCUGGUCUGCCCCCUGGGCCUCGGCCGGCGCCAACAUGGACCUGGCCAAGAUACCCGCAUACGUCAAUGUCGUCGUCGUGUCAUUUGCGCAGCCCGACUGCACAUAUGCCAAGGGCAGCCUCUCCCUGUUGGGCACGGGCCUCCAGUUCUCGAUGGAUGGCCCCACCGUCCGCGACGCCAUCGCAACCCUUAAGGCCCGCCAGCCCAACACCCGCGUGCUGCUGGCGGUGGGCGGCGCCACGUACACAAACUUUGGCGGCAUGAACACCCAGUGCAUCAAGGACAUCGUUGAUGACUUCUCCUUUGACGGCGUCGACCUGGACUGGGAGCCGUCCGCGCCGUCGUGCAAAGUGUCUAGCGGCAGGGUGUCCUGCCCCACCGAUGCCGAGGGCGUCAACGCCGUCACCAAGCUUCGCGCCGCUCUGCCCAAGGGCCGCUACCUGCUCUCCACGGCUUCGUUCCACGUGGGCACGUACGGCGAGGGCGCCUUCGCCGGGAGCCUGCCGGUGACGUCAUACACGGGCAUCAACCUGGCCAUGGCGCGCAGCGCGGCCGGGCAGAGCCUCGACCUCAUCAACAUCAUGAGCUACGACGCCGGCAACCUCGGCUCUACCGGCUUUGACCCCAAGGAGAGCCUCCGCGCCCACAGGGCUGCGUGGCCGAACUCUGCUGUAGCGAUCGGCGUCGAGAUCCCCCCAGAGGCCUGGGGCGGCAACACGGUGACCCUGGCGCAGGUGACUGAUUACGCCGCGUACUCGCGGGCCAACGGCGGGGCCGGCCUGAUGCUGUGGUCGCUGCACAAGAGGGGCAGCCCCAGCGCCCAGCAGGUGCUCACGAGCGCCUGUCAGACGAUGGGCGUUUCGGCGGACUGCACCGCAGCUCUGCCCAUGUGA